AUGCAGCUUUCGUCACUUGUUGGCCUCCUGGCCCUGGCCACCUCCAUCGCAGCCCAGGCCGCCACCACCAAGCCCUGCGAAGACAAGCAGCGCCUGUACAGCGCUUGCAUCGCAUCCAGCGGCGGCACCGGCGGCUGCCACGCUGCCAGACUCAACAGAGAACAGUCAAGGGACUGCAUCAAAAACUGCGACACAAACGCCGGCUACACGCUUUGCCUCAAGGAGAGCCAGUGCGAAACCAAACGCGACAGCUGCAUGAGCCAAUGCGACACGCAUCGGGACCAGUGCAUCGCCAAUGCGCAGGCAAAGUUCGGCCCUCCCGAAACCAAUUAG